CUGAUAUCAAUGAGUAAGAAUCAGACCACUUUUUCUUUGCCUACAGGCCCCUUCCAAACGGUGUGUGUUUCGGUCGGAGCCGGGCGGGGAUUCCAGGCAGUUAGUUAUGUUUCAUGGACCGCUUUGGGUGGGUCUGUUAACUCGUGGGCCUUGGUCGAAUAUGAAAUAUCUGUUUGGAAGAUGGCGGACUUGAGAGGACGAGGAACGCGAAGGAGGUAUGGGAGGUAGGUUUCCUCUCAGUCACCUCAAGUGAACAUCAACCCUCAGCAUCACAUUCCCAGCAUUCGCGGCGCUCCAUGCAAGAAACAGAGAAGCUACUGACACACACUCUCCACAAUCUCUCUCCCUCCCUCCGUCUCCGUCGUCAACCCUUGAAAAAGAAAUGCAUGCGCGAACAAGGCGAGGCCGGUGGGCAAACAUCACUCGCCAUCAUAACCGUUGGGAAAAGAGGACCGUUUUCUCAUUUUGCUCCCACGACGCUGCUCGCCACUCGUGCCCAACAAUACGUACUUCUGUUUGUUCCUCAGGCGAGGCCAGGCCGUGUACUACAUGCAUGCUUCAACUACACGCAUUCACUCAUUCACUCAUCCUGCAACAUAUCUCCCUCCCUCCCACCUCCAUCCUAUCCCCUCCUCCAUCUGUACGCCUCAGAGUCACCCAACCCCAACAAGCCCUUCACCUUUUCUCCUCCUAAACAACGACCGAAUGGCACAUUCAUGACAAAAGCAGGGCGAGAUAGCAGUGGUAUAAUGAACGAGAAGGGACCAAAGAGAAAAAAAAGAAGCAACGCAUCUCCAAAGCAUCAACAAAUAUUGGAAAAGCUCAAGUCCAAGCACCAAGACCGGGCCUAAGCCAGAACCACACCCAACCUCGCACUCUCGCCUCGCUGGCGCGCUCUCCUUCUCUCAAAUCCACAUCAAACCGACAGUCUUCUCAAAGCCAACAAACCCAAGCCAAAACCCCGUCAUAAAAACCAAGAAGCGGGACACACAACAACCAUGCCGCCCAAAUCGCAGAACAAACGAUUGCCAAAAAGGAGAGAAAACCAAGUCAAAAAG